AUGACACUCGCUGGCUUCGGGGAUGGGGAGAACUCCAUGGGCGCCUGGUCGAAGCUCGGGUCGAGUGUCGGUAGCGGCACACGCGGAAGCGCACACUUGGAAGAUGGCGUACAUCUGGUAGGAUCGCUGUCUAUAGCGUGGUCGGUGAGCUCCGGCCUGACCGAUACAACGUACAUACUAUAUGAUGUACUGCAUAGACUCUCCACUAGCAUCCAUUUCGGAGGACCUGGCCCUCUGACACUGCUCUUCGUGAUCGCACAAAUUGCAGCUAGCGCAUACCAAGCUGUACUAGCCCUCGUCAUCUACACAGCACGAAAGCGCGGUAGUAGAUUCACAGCCCCGCCAGACCUCCUCGUUCUACUUUCCGGCGCCAACUGCCUCGAGCUGCUAAUCUCCAGCGCCGUGCGCAUAGCUUUGCACCACGGCAUGAAGCCCGAUAUCUCGAAGCUCUGCACCUCAGUGCUGCUAGGCAGUACAGGACAGACCGACGUCGACUUCUGGCUCUCAGACGAAACGGCCUACUUACCUCGGUCGUCGCAUGCUCUGCUGGAUGCGCGCACAUCAUGCCAGGAAAUAUAUGCUACACAGUCACGAGUAGAGGUCGUGUAUCUGACAGUGCCAUUUCUCCUGGGCCUCAUCCUGGCGUUCUUGGGUUGGCAGUACCGACGACCAUCGACUCCUGACCAUGAUCAUGAAUAUCUUCUUCCGUAUUCGCAAGUGGCCCUGUAUACUCCCUUGCGAGAUGGUGGAGCCCUUACGCAACAAGACGCGUAG